CUUCCUCCACCAGAUUCCCAAAUUUUUCCCCACCGUCAUAAACUACCACCACCGUGAGAAAAAUGGCAUCAACGAUGAUUCUCGACCCAAAACCCAUCCCAACAACCCAAACCCAACAACCCGAACCCGAAGACGAUCUCUACACCCGUCUCAAAUCCCUCCAACGCCAAAUCGAAUUCAUCGAAAUCCAAGAAGAAUACGUAAAAGACGAACAAAAAAACCUCAAACGCGAGCUUUUAAGAUCCCAAGAAGAAGUCAAAAGAAUCCAAUCGGUCCCACUUGUUAUCGGACAGUUUAUGGAAAUGAUUGAUACAAAUAACGGAAUCGUUGGAUCGACAACUGGGUCUAAUUAUUAUGUACGGAUUUUGUCUACAAUUAAUCGAGAAAUGUUGAAGCCUUCUGCUUCGGUGGCUCUCCACCGCCAUAGUAAUGCCCUUGUUGAUGUCUUGCCGCCGGAGGCUGAUUCGAGUAUUUCGCUGUUGAGUCAAUCCGAAAAACCCGAUGUUACUUAUAGUGAUAUUGGAGGAUGUGACAUUCAAAAGCAAGAAAUACGAGAAGCUGUCGAGUUACCUUUGACUCAUCAUGAAUUGUACAAACAGAUAGGUAUAGACCCUCCUCGUGGUGUUCUGCUCUAUGGCCCUCCUGGCACUGGUAAAACCAUGCUUGCCAAAGCUGUUGCAAAUCAUACAACUGCAGCUUUUAUUAGGGUCGUUGGCUCAGAAUUUGUUCAGAAAUAUUUGGGAGAGGGACCCAGAAUGGUUCGUGAUGUUUUCCGUCUUGCCAAAGAAAAUGCACCUGCUAUUAUAUUCAUUGACGAAGUAGAUGCCAUUGCUACUGCCAGGUUUGAUGCUCAGACUGGAGCAGAUAGAGAAGUGCAGCGUAUUCUCAUGGAACUGUUAAAUCAGAUGGAUGGGUUUGACCAGACAGUGAAUGUUAAGGUCAUAAUGGCAACUAACCGAGCUGACACCUUGGACCCUGCUCUUCUACGUCCUGGUAGACUUGACCGCAAGAUUGAGUUUCCUUUGCCUGAUAGAAGACAAAAGAGGCUUGUUUUCCAGGUGUGCACUGCUAAAAUGAAUUUGAGUGACGAAGUUGACUUGGAAGAUUAUGUCUCUCGGCCCGACAAAAUCAGUGCUGCUGAGAUUACCGCCAUCUGUCAAGAAGCAGGGAUGCAUGCAGUGCGAAAGAAUCGGUAUGUGAUCCUUCCCAAGGAUUUUGAAAAGGGCUACAGAACCAACGUAAAGAAGCCCGACACUGAUUUUGAUUUCUACAAGUAAAAUCCAGUGGUUGAAAGGAGAAUAGACCUUGUAUUGUUUAUUUCCAGAGUUCUUGUUUGGAUUGUUAUGGAUGUUCAUGUAAUCUUUGUUUGUGUUAGACAAAUCGAUUUCCAAAUCAUCUAUGUAUCAACAGGCAAAAUUUAUGAUCCAUUUCUUUAGAUGAACACUUCUAUGAAAUGCCAUUACCUAUUUUAUA